UUUAAUCCUAACUCAUUAAGGAACAGUGAGCAUGUGCCUGUGCAAGCCCUCUGGGGAGAGACAGAGAAAGUGACAGGAGACGGAAGGAACAUUAAACAAUCCAUCAAGGGAGAUAAGUGGAGCUAAUUUACGGCUUGAGAGACAAAGGAGAAAAGGCGAGCAUUUUAGUUUUUCUUCUCAGUCUCAUGCCUGCUUUACCUGAUUACCCUUUCCUUUGUGAGUCCUAAACCUUUUUAAUUGCAAUCCUAAGGUGUGGCCUGGUAAAGCAUGCCCACAAACGGAAUUAACAAGGCCUUGAAGCUGCAAUUUGGCCUCAUCAACUAUGAGAACCGCUACUUGACAGCUGAGGCCUUCGGCUUCAAGGUGAAUGCCUCUGGCAUUAGCAUGAAGAAAAAACAGAUCUGGACGUUGGAGCAAGAAGACCAGGAUAGUCAAGUGGUGUUCCUCCGUAGUCACCUGGGACGGUAUCUGGCCUCCGACAAAGACGGGAAGAUCACAUGUGGGGCAGAGAAGCCAGACCCUGAGUGUCGAUUCCUUAUUGUGGCCCAGUCUGAUGGUCGCUGGGCGCUUCAAUCAGAGCCUUACCUGCGUUACUUCGGUGGCUCAGCUGACUACCUGUCCUGCUUCGCCCAGGCUAUUGGGGAACAAGAGCUGUGGGCUGUCCAUUUGGCUCUACACCCACAGGCCAGCCUGCUUAGCGUGGCACGCAAACGCUAUGCCCAUCUGUCUGCUACAGAUGGAGAGAUCUCAGUGGACAGCAACAUCCCCUGGGGAGUGGACUCUCUGGUCACCUUGGUGUAUACUGAUGGCAAGUACAGCCUGAAGACCUGCGACAGCCGUUUCCUCAGCAAUGAUGGAAAACUGGUGAAAGAGCACAGCAAUACGACUAGUUUUACACUGGAGCUGAAAUCUGGCAAGCUGGCCUUUAAGGACUGUGAUGGGAAGUAUCUGACCCCAGUAGGUCCUACAGGUACACUGAGGUCUGGCCGAUGCUCCAAACCUGGAAAAGAUGAGCUGUUUGAUCUUGAGGAGAGUCACCCACAAGUAGUUUUUCAAGCUGCCAAUAAAAGAUUUGUCUCAGUCAAACAAGGGGUGAGUAUUUCAGCCAAUCAAGAUGUGGAGACAGACAUGGAGACCUUCCAGAUGGAAAUUGACAAAGAGAGCAAGAAGCCUAUGUUCAGGACCAAUGGCGGAUCCUACUGGACUCUAGUGACUCAUGGAGAGAUCCAAUCUACUGCAACAGAGGUAGAGGUCAACACUAUGUUUGACAUUGAAUGGCAAGGACAGAGGGUGGCACUCAAAGCAAGUAAUGGGAAGUAUGUGUGUACAAAGAAGAAUGGCCAGCUCUCAGCAGUCAGUGAUACUGUGGGUGAUGAUGAAUUAUUCCUGAUGAAACUCAUCAACCGCCCGAUGCUUAUUCUUCGCGGAGAGAAUGGUUUUGUGUGCCACCACAAGAACUCCAACACUUUGGAUGCUAAUCGAUCAGUCUAUGACAUCUUCUCAUUGAUCUUCAAUGAUGGCGCCUAUCACAUAAAAAGUGUGAAUGGAAAGUUCUGGUACGUCUCCAGCAGUGGCCUAGUGUGUUCAGAUGGAGAUAAGUCAGAGGACUUCUUCCUUGAGUUCCUGGAACACGGACGCAUCGCCAUAAAAGGCUCCAACGGCAAGUACCUUCGUGGAGACCAGGGGGGCACGCUGAUGGGCGAUGGCACAUCUGUGGAUGUAGCUUCUCUCUGGGAAUAUUAACGUCUGUCAUCGCAAUCCUUAAAGAGUGAGCUCGAUGACAGGGCGCAGGACCCACAACGACCAGCAUCAACUUGACGUGAACUUUUUUCUGCCUGUUUUUUUUCUAGCUGCCAUUUGCCCAAACCCUUUUUUAUUGGAGACAAGUGAAAAUCUUUAGGAAGACAUGUGUGACUUAUCUCUUAAAUGCUAAAUGUUUUAUCUUUGAAAUGACAAUGCCAACAUUGAAGAAUCCACACUUUGUGGAAAUUUGUAAUUUUCAAGAGCAUAACAACAAUGGCGGUACCACUUCUUUCAAACAUAUAUUGUUCAGUAUUAGUAGAAGAGGGCAGCGACACUGAUCAGUCACUAUUUAAAGCUUCCUACUAUUCACCAUGAUGACCUAAAACAAAGCUGCCAUGUCAGUUUUUUUUUUUUUUAUCUCCCCGAUCUCUGCAAAGAUUUGUGAUUGGGCAAAAUCUCCCACCAGACUUUGUGAAGUUUGCAAACAGAUCCAAGAUGAGGUGCAAAACCCUACUCCAGGGUUAGACCACUUGAAUUUAAACAUGUGGGAAGCUUAUUGCAGAUUUUUUUUCCCCAAUGAUGCCAAGUCUAAUGAAGCUUUAAAGUGCUUUUGCCAGUCUGAGUUCUUUUCUGAAUGCUUUUGGCACAUUUUCUCUUUGGCCUAUUUGAAAAGCAUCUCCAUGAAUGGCAACAAAAGGAUCUUUAUUCCUUCUCCUGCUGAUAAAUGGCACCGACUAAAUUGCCUAAAUAUUUUCCAGAGUUGCAAAAGCCUAUGCAAUGUUUUUGUCAUUUAAUUAAAAUAUGGCCAAUUCUGGUAAAAAAAAUAGAAAAAUAUAAACACUCCAAAACAAUAGUGAAAAAUAAAAAUAAAACAAAUAGACACGAUCAGUGUGGCUGCUUUCUGAGGAUCACCUCACAAACAGGUACACACACAUACUUCCAAACUUCAUUUGGUUUAGGUAACAUGUUCUUCAUAUACUGUCGUUAUCAGGAUCUGUCUCGAGUUAAUUCUGUCAACAACCCCUCCAUGUUGCAGCUCUUAGAUGAUUUUAGUAUCAUGACAUUUUCUUUGGUGUCAGUCUAAGCAAAACUAUUGAACCACUGUACCAAGGCACCAUUCACAAAGAGUAUCAGGAGCAUUAGAGCAUUAGAAACAUUAGGGACAUGCAAAAAACAGUAGAGGAACAUAUUUCAAUAGACUACACAUCAUUUUUAAUGUACCAGGUGUGAACUCAGAAAGUGCUUCUCUGGUGUUCUGCCUAGGGGCCUUAAAUCAUUCUGCACGCUAUAUCCCUUUAUACCCUGUUCUCAUUUUCAGAGUUAGAAAAUAGAUAUUUUUUACAAAUUAUGUGUUGCUUAGUAGGACAUUUUUAAAGUGGAAUCAUAAGAUUUACUAACCACACUCCAACUGAGGCAUGGAGGAAAUGUAUUUCUUUUAAUACAACCUUGAAAUUAAGCGUGUUUCUUCUGUUUAUCCAUAGCCAGAUUAGAGAACAUUACACUGAUGUUGGAAAAUGAGUGCACUCCCAAACAGCUCCUUCUGGCUGUUUUGGAGAAAACAUUUCACCUGACAGAGCCGGGCAAUCUAUCCUCCCUCUGCUUCCAGCCUUUCAAAGCUGAAGCCAAGACUGUCUUCUCAUCAACGUCUGGAUAGGAAGGCAAACAUAUUUAUUUCACCGAAUGAGAGUUCCUUAUGGAAACCUACCCAGCUCUGUAUAUUUCUAAAAAAUGUGAUCAGUAGCCUCUAACUUUAGCUUAAAAGGAGAAAAUUAGUAUUUUGACUGUGUCACAUCAAGGAUCAAUGUCCCGCAGAUGCCCAUCAGUUUACUAAGGGCACAAGCUGUUCAGACUUGAUUGCUACAGAUGCUGAUGACAAAGAGGACAAACUGAACAGAAUAUCACUUAGCCUGUAGACUUACAUCGGUUCAGGGAGAUCUAAAAUUCACUAUAGGUCGAGUAACAUGUUUAAAUCAAUUGUUUUGUGAUGUGUGGAACUUGCAAGUAGAAAAUCAUGGUAGAAAGCAAUGUCUUAAAGGUCACCUGAGCAUCCUGUGUCAGCUCUAUAGAGAGCCUCCAGCCAUAUUUUAGAAUGUAUCUAAUAUUUAUAGAUGUCUAUUGUGUUCUGUUUUUGGAAUUACUAAUGAAAAUAAAAAAAAAAACUGUCAAAACACUUUU